CCAAGGGAGUCAGCACCAGGCAGCAGCCUCUAGCCAAGCCCCCCCCCACCAGCAUGGCCAGUGAGUUCAAGAAGAAGAUCUUCUGGAGGGCGGUGGUGGCCGAAUUCCUGGCCAUGACCCUCUUUGUCUUCAUCAGCAUCGGUUCCGCCUUGGGCUUCAAUUAUCAGGUGUCAAGCAAUCAGACAGUGGCCCCGACCCAGGACAUCGUGAAGGUGUCACUGGCCUUCGGGCUGAGCAUCGCCACAUUGGCCCAGAGCGUGGGCCACAUCAGUGGUGCUCACCUCAACCCGGCCGUCACACUGGGCUUGCUGCUUAGCUGCCAGAUCAGCAUCCUCCGGGCCAUCAUGUACAUCAUCGCUCAGUGCAUUGGGGCCAUCGUUGCCACUGCCAUCCUCUCAGGCAUCACCUCCUCUUUGACCAGCAACUCUCUCGGCCGCAAUGGGCUGACGGCUGGUGUGAACGCAGGCCAGGGACUAGGCAUCGAGAUUAUCGGCACCCUGCAGCUGGUGCUGUGCGUCCUGGCCACCACUGACCGUAGACGUCGUGACCUUGGAGGCUCAGCUCCCCUGGCCAUUGGCCUGUCUGUGGCACUGGGACAUCUGCUGGCGAUCGACUACACUGGCUGUGGCAUUAACCCUGCUCGGUCCUUCGGAUCCGCAGUGAUCACCAACAACUUCACCGAUCACUGGAUUUUCUGGGUGGGGCCAUUCAUCGGAGGAGCACUGGCUGUGCUGAUCUACGACUUCAUCCUGGCCCCACGCAGCAGUGACCUCACAGACCGCAUGAAGGUGUGGACCAGCGGCCAGGUGGAAGAGUACAACCUGGAUGCGGAUGACAUCAACUCCAGGGUGGAGAUGAAGCCCAAAUAG